AUGUUGUACUUAGAAGAUUAUUUAGAAAAUAUUGAACAUUUACCGCAAGAGAUGAGAAAUCGCUUCACUGAAAUGAGAGAAAUGGACUUACAAGUUGAAAAUUCCAUGGACUGCAUAAAAAAAAAUAUUGAUACAUUAUUUUUAAAAGCUGACAGUAUGAAUCCAGGAGAAUUAGAAGCUAAUUUUAAAGCAAUUAUGAAAGAAGGAGAAAAAUCUGUUGAACAAUCUGAGGAAAAAGUUCAAUUAGCAAAUCAUAUGCAUGAACUUAUGACAAAAUAUAUGAGACGAUUAGAUCAUGAAUUACAUAAAUUUAAAAUGGAACUAGAAGCAGAUAACAGUGGAAUUACUGGACUUAUUGAAAAAAGAAGCUUAGAUUCAGAACAAAGUAAUAUUACAAAUCAAAAAGAAAAUAAGUAUCAAUUGAACCGAUGCCUUUUUGGAGACAAGCAAGAUGCCUUAAAUAAUGUUGGCAGUUCGAAACAAAAGUCAACAUCAACAGCUUCAAAUUCUGCUAGUAGUGGUGAUGUAGCAUCUCCAUCACAACGUGAUGCAAGUCCCACAAACUCUCGAAUGGUUCCAUCUUCAUUAGCUUAUACAUUAGGACAUAUGGGAGCUGGUAGCCCUGCAAUUGCUGCAGCAGCUUCUCAAGCUAUUGUUGCUACUCAACAGCUGUCCCAAGGCCGUAGAACGGCUAGUCUUAAAGCAUCUCUUGAAGCAAUCAAUUCCGGAGCUACAUUGACUGGCCAAAUGAGCUCUACUUCUGGUGUACUACCAUCAGAAUUACCUAUUAGUAAAGAAUUGGCAGGUGUUGCACAUCUAGUCAAUCCAAAUAUAGAUGGAACAAGAAAACAUAGAAGACGAGGAGGUACUCAAAAUUCACAAUUGUCAACUGAAGAGGAUGUGGAUGAACCAAUUGAUCCAAAUGAACCUCGUUAUUGCAUAUGUAAUCAAGUUGCUUAUGGUACAAUGGUUGCUUGUGAUAAUAAAGGGUGUCCAUAUGAAUGGUAUCAUUGUGAAUGUGUUGGUAUUACAGACCCACCAAAAGGUAAAUGGUAUUGUCCUCAGUGUAUUACUACAAUGAAGAGUCGAAGAUCACGAAAAACUACAUGAAUAUACAUGAAUAGAGAUACACAAAUCUUGAAAACU